AGUGCCACUAAUCGACGCACAAAAAUAAGAUGCUGAUUUUUGCGGUGGUGGGUUAUUGAAACUCGAAGUUAGUUUUCUAGGCAAAUUAAACUUCAAUCUAUCUUCUGAUGUUUGUACUCCCACUGUGAAAAUUGGAGCAAAGUUUUAAUGUAGCUACGGUUGUUAGUAGUAACAGUUGCUAAUCCCAGCUCUUAUUGUGAAAGAACCAACCGGAAUCGGUGCUAGUCCGUUUUAUACGCCUUCAAACAGCGUUAAUGUUUAUACCCUAAGUAGUCUUCCUCUUAUCGCAACUGCGAUUGAAACGAAAUCUAUCCACUGCUCCCUGGUUUACUUCCCGAAUGGACGGUACAUGGAACCGAACCGAACCGGUCCAGACUGGGCCGUGUCGAGAAACGAAAGACAGCAGCAGCCAGACUGACAGCAGGAUACAAGGACAUGACCCCAGGUUGUCAAAGGUGAAUCUGUUUACCUUGUUGAGCUUGUGGAUGGAGAUAUUCCCUCGGGAUCAACCUGAGGACAGUGAAAGCAGUCAGAUCCGUGGGACUGGUCUGGUGGUGGUGCAUCAAGGGAAAAUCUUGGGAUUCCACUGUUCUGGAGUCGACCUUCACGCAGCACAAGCAGCCAUCAUUCAGCAUGGUGCAAACCUGGCCGGCUGCCAGCUCUACUUCUCCAGGAGACCUUGUGCCACUUGCCUUAAGAUGAUCAUAAAUGCUGGAGUCAGUCAGAUCUCCUUUUGGCCCGGGGAUCCAGAGAUCAGCAUGCUGAGGUCCACGUCUUCAUCUCAAACAAACGCCAGCAGCACGUCGCUCUCUGUGACAGAGGAUGUUGUCCUGGACACAGUUGCAGUAGAGAACCUGAAGUCCAACAGCCGUCCUCACAUCUGUGUGCUGCUGCAGCCGCUGGCGCCUGGCCUGCUGCAGUUUGUUGAGGAGACAUCUAGGAAGAGCGAUUUCAUGAAGAGGAUGACCGAGGAUGACCCAGGACUGAACGAACAGGAACUCUUCAACAGACAACGUCUAAGACACUUCAGAGAAUUUUCCAGACAGUUCUUGGUUGGAACAUCCCAGCAGCACAAGGAGAUUUUGAUCCAAAUGGGCCUGGAGAAUCUCUGUGUGGAGCCCUAUUUCUGCAACCUGAGGAACAACAUGGCGGCGCUGGUGGAGGUUCUAGCUGCUGUGGCUGCAGGGCUCCCUCAACAUCAGUAUGGCUUCUACAGAGAAAACUGUGCAACUACGUCUCCUGAUCCAGUGGUUGUGUCUCAAGAGGUGGCUCGCCACUGUAUCAUCCAGGCCAGGCUACUGGCAUACAGGACAGAGGAUCCAAAAGUGGGAGUGGGUGCUGUUAUCUGGGCAAGAGGGCGGUCGGCUGGCUGUCGAGGAACAGGCUGCCUGGAUUUGGUGGGUUGCGGGUACAACGCCUAUCCUGCAGGCUCAAAGUACGCAGAGUACCCCCAAAUGGACUCUACACAGGAGGACCGUCAGAGACGCAAAUACAGAUACAUCAUCCACGCAGAACAGAACGCCCUCACAUUCAGGACGCGAGACAUCAAACCAGAGGAGCCAACCAUGUUGUUUCUGACCAAAUGUCCAUGUGACGAGUGUAUCCCUUUGAUAAAAGGGGCUGGAAUUACACACAUCUACACCUCAGACCAAGACAGGGACAAAGACAAGGGGGACAUUUCCUACCUGAGAUUCAGCACCCUGAAGGACAUCAGCAAGUUUGUUUGGCAAAGGAUUCCUCCUGAACCGUCUUCUCCUCUCGCAAAUGGUUGUAUUCGGAAGCACAGCUGGCAGACUGAGCAGGAGUACGUAAAUAAGAAGCUGUGCACCGAGAACACCAAGAGUUCACCUUCUGGCAGCUGAACGUUAGUUAGUCAUGGACGGACUAGCCUGUGCACGAGCUCCAUCCACGGACGUUACACAAGGGGCGAAUAAUUUGCUGAUGGUAAAAUCUACCAAAAGUAUUUCUUCCUUUACAGAUUUCAUGUUUCUUGUCUUUUUGUCACACACUUCAAUGUUUCAGAUCAUUUCAAGCAAAGAUAACCUCUAUCAACACCAUGUUUAGUAGGCCGCUAAAAAUAUCCUUUUUUUUUUUUCUCGUCAGCCCACAAAAUAUUUUCUUCAAAUUCUUGGGGAUCAUUAAUCUUUUUUUGUCUUUUUACUUGUUUACUUACAUUAAUCUUGUCUAAUCUUAAAUGCUUCUGUUAAACAAUUUCAGUGUGUCAAGAAAACAGAAACAGAAGAAACCUGUAAGGGGGAAGAUGUACAAACAGUUUUACAAUUUAUUUGAACAUUUGGGACAACGUAGUAACCUCAUCAACAUGCAGAGUUAGUCGUAUAUGCAAAAAGUUAAUAUAAAGUGAAAUUGCUUUAUAUUUCCAUAUAAGAGGACUAAACGGUUGAGGAUGGAUGCUAAGGUGAGACUUAUUGACAGAGACUUGACAGAAAUUUAAAGGAAUGCAGAUUGCACUAUUUCCAGAUGUUUUUAUUUGACAGUUUAAUACAGAAUAUCUAAACACAUUAAGUUUAUUUUCUGUUUUAAUCCUUAGCUAUUUGUAUUUUUUUGUCCAUGGUUCAGACAAAGAAGCUUAAUGUUGCCUGUGUCAACAGAUGACUUUCAAAGUUUGAAAGCAGCAGUGACCAAGUUUUGGAUCUGAAAAGAUAAAAGAAAAAAAGCUGAGUGAAACCAAAAUGCUACAUUGAUAUGUGAAAAAAAAAUUGUAAAGAAAGGGAUUUCAUUGUGAUUUGUUGGAACCUUUUUGCCUUUUAGUUUUCAGCUUGUAAAAUUAUGUCUGUACGAAAAAGUUUAUUGUUCAGAAUGUGAAACUCAUUCUAUUGGUUAAAGAUUUCAAGCAUUUAUCUCUCUAUAUCUCCCCAUCUUUAUUUUGAUAACUGUGGUUUGCAGUUAAUAAAAACCCAAAAUUCACUUUUUCCCACAAUUAGUCAGACACAAUCCCCUACCCCUGAUUUAUUAGGAUAAAGGUUUUUUUUUCUUACUUCUAUUUAUGCAAUAAGCUUACCACAAUUACCUUUUUUGGUAAGCCAUAAGUCAUCAUUGUGGACUCCACAACAUUUAACAUUUUAAAUAAACUGUAUAGUUUUCCUUGUGUAAUUUGAAUUUUGGGUUUUCUUCAGCUGUAACUCAGAAGUGUCAGAAACACUGACGGUUUCUGACGUGUCAGCAGGAGGCAGACCAAGCAGGCUCGGUCCACCUCUGAUCACAAAUGAAAGAAAUAAACACUUAAAAUAUUUCA